AUGUCCUCGUCUCACACCCACAACAGCAACGGCCCUCUCGACCCCACGCAGGUCAGCUUUGCCGACUACACUGCGUGGGCCGCCGGCGGGCCGGGGCACGCCGCCACGCCUACUGCUGCCAGCAACGCUAGCGUUGGGCAGGUCUACGAGCCGCGCACCCCGCAGACGCCGGCGACGCACCCCGCCGCUGCGGCUGGCGCGCAGCCCAGCCCGCUCGUCGAGGUGCUCAGCAGCCCCGCGACGGCUCUGAGCCCUCCGAACGCUCUCGCCGGCCAGCAGACCACCCAGAACCAGAACCAGAACCACGACCAGAACAACCAGAACCAGCAGGUCACGCGUGUUGCUGUCGCCGACGUCGCCCCGGUCAACAACUGGCCGCGCUCCCAGGCUCCCCCCGUGCCGGCACACACGUCGACACACACCGCACUCGUCCAAGCUCCCAUCCCGAGCUCGGCCGCAACCACGUACGCUCUGUGCCCGCACGGCAUACUGUACAACUUUUGUGGGUUGUGCUACGGGGCGCCCGUGGCGGCGAGCGCGAAUGCCGCCCCCGACGCGGCGCAGCUUCUCGGCCUGAUCAACAACCAGAACAAGACGAUCAGCCAGCUCUCCGACCAGAUCACCAUCCUCCAAGCCAACCUCCAGACCGUGUACACCGAAUUCCGCGGCGUCAAGGCCACGCAGCAGGCCAAGCCUGGCCCGUCAGCGGACCAGCUGGCCGGCAUGCAGCACGACCUGCAUAGCACGCGCCAGCGUCUCGGCGUGACCGAGUACCGCUCGUCGGUGCUCGAGGCGAACCUCUCGGCGCUGAUGCCUCUCGGUUCGGACGUCGCGGCCAUCAAGAACCAGUUCCUCGCGCUCGAGAAGCGCCUGUCCACGCCCCUGCCUUACACGAGCGCGACGCAAGCGUCCGUCGCAGUGAUCAACAACGAGAUCCACGCGCUCAAGCAGCACGUCGCGACGCUCGACGCCCGCUCGCUCGCGGUCGACCAGUCGAUCGCCGGCAUCGACUGGAAGGCGAACAACGCGUACCGCCACCUCGAGCUGAACCGCACCGAGCUCCAGAACGCCAUCGACAAGGUCGAGGCGCAGACGAUGCUCAUUGGCAACCGUUUUGGAAGCGACAUUGGCCGCCUGGAGAAGAAGGCGGACGAGAUGGAGAAGAAGGUGGGCGAGAUGGGGAAGAAGGUGGACGAGAUGGUCGAGGAGGACGAGGAGGAGGAGGAGGGUGAGCUCGAGACCGACGAGGAGGGCUAA